GUUGCAUUCUCCAUCCAUAAACAACAAACAGAAGGAAGAAGAAGAACGAGGGAGAAAGAACGGUGCUCUCGAAGCAACAAACAACCAUGGCGGCAUUUCUAACUCGAACAUCUUCACGCUUCUCACAAUUGUCAUCACCACAACGCAUAGCGUCUCUUCACACAACCCUCCCAUCUCUCUCAUCAACCACACCCACCCCUUAUGCUCCACCGCCUCCUCCAUCGACUACCUCUCCCGUCGGAAUAUCGAAGACGGCGGAGUACGUGAUCUCGAAGGUUGAUAAUCUCAUGAAUUGGGCUCGUACUGGCUCAAUCUGGCCUAUGACUUUCGGACUCGCGUGUUGUGCUGUUGAAAUGAUGCAUACUGGUGCUGCUCGUUACGAUCUGGAUCGAUUUGGUAUCAUUUUUCGACCUAGUCCUCGUCAAUCUGAUUGUAUGAUUGUUGCUGGUACUCUUACCAAUAAGAUGGCUCCUGCUCUUCGCAAGGUGUAUGACCAAAUGCCUGAGCCUAGAUGGGUUGUCUCCAUGGGAAGUUGUGCUAAUGGAGGAGGAUACUACCACUACUCUUACUCUGUUGUCCGAGGAUGUGACAGAAUUGUUCCUGUUGAUAUUUAUGUUCCCGGCUGCCCUCCAACUGCUGAGGCUUUACUGUAUGGACUCCUCCAACUGCAGAAGAAGAUCAAUAGGCGCAAGGACUUCCUCCAUUGGUGGACUCAGUGAGGUCGAUUAAGUUUAUUCCUUGGCACCAAUCUACUUUAUAAUAAGCAAUUCAUGGUUGUUUUACCUUGCUAUGAAUCACCCUUUGUUUGGUGGAUAUUCUGUUGAUAUGUUACCUUAUGAUGUAUUAUGCUGUAUGUUUUAUGUGGAGCUUUUUGGGGGCUUAAAGUCUUGGAGAAAUUGAAUGUUUCUUAUAAUAUUAAUGCUUCUUAUGUACUAGGAUUAAACAAACCACUCGUGUUUGACUCAUAAGUUACAAUGUGUGCUUUGAUAAGUCUCCGUCUUGCUUACUCCAGAUUAAUGGUGUAACUUUGAUUAUUUUGGAA